CCCACUUCUGCACAGACCGAUUAGGGAGGUACUAUACAACAACAAUGCCUCUGUAACCUCAGAAAAAUGCCUAGCUUUCUCUACUGCAUGCACUUGUCUGCAUGUGUACGUACAGUUAGUAAAUAUUUAACGUUUAUCGUCUCAGCGGAGAUUAGAACCCGACUUCCUGCAACACUGAACAGGAUGGAAACAGAAUGGAUAUCUUACUAAUGCCCCCCUCACCACCACUGCUUCUGUAAAAAUGAGACGAUUAAUAAAUAUGCAAGAAAUGAGUGCAGUACUACACUGACACCGCGCAUGUCUCAUCAAAUAUGACAGCUACGACAAACGUCUAAAGACAACGUUUUAAUACCGCCUUCCAGAAAAAAAAGACAUACACAUUGUCCAAUAAAAACAAAGAGUUGCUAUCUCCCGGCCCUGUGUGCAAAUCAGCGAACCAAGUAGGUGGGUGUGUGAAUGAAUGUAGUGCGUUUCCUGGAGUACUGUAUCAAACAGUAUUACUAAAUUUGAUGGCAAUACUAAUGACUUUACAACAGUGAGUCACGGGGUGUUUAGCUUGCUAGCAGUUAUAUCUACGCCUGUAAAGCUGCCCUUGGCUAGACCGUAGGACUGUUGGAUGGUUUUCUGAGUUCUGGUGUCCCUGCUUCGCGCUGGUGCACAGCCAGUGUUUCCGUUUCCUUUUGUCGCCUGUCCUUGUGCAGAGGUUUGCUGGUGUUGGCAGAGGUUGGUGCUGCUGAGGUUGAGUGUCUGCCAGCUGUUCAGUGUAUGUGCGGUAACAACAUGUCAGUGCCACUUCCUGCCAUCAUUCCUGCUGCUAAGAAAGCCACCGCCGCGGUUAUAUUCCUUCAUGGAUUAGGAGACACUGGGCAUGGUUGGGCAGAAGCACUAGAAGGCAUCCGUGUACCACAUGUGAAAUACAUUUGCCCUCAUGCGCCAGUAAUGCCAGUUUCUCUGAAUAGGAGUAUGACGAUGCCAUCAUGGUUUGAUAUUAAAGGACUUUCUCCAGAUGCUGAAGAAGAUGAUAAUGGUAUUAGGCAAGCAGCUGAAAAUAUUAAAGGAUUAAUAGAUCAAGAAGUGAAGAAUGGAAUACCCUCACAUAGAAUAAUUUUAGGUGGAUUUUCACAGGGUGGGGCAUUAUCCUUGUACACAGCUCUAACAACACAGCAAAAACUGGCAGGUGUGGUUGCCCUCAGUUGUUGGCUUCCAUUAAGAAACUCUUUUCCACAGGCAUCAGCCAAUAGUAUAAACAAAGACAUUCAUAUUCUUCAGUGCCAUGGAGAAUUCGACCCACUGGUACCUUUAAUGUUUGGCUCCCUAACAGUUGACAAACUUAGAAGUAUUCUAAAUCCAGCUAAUGUGAUGUUUAAGACCUACCGAGGCUUGAUGCAUAAUUCAUGUUCUCAAGAGAUGAUGGAUGUCAAGCAAUUCAUAGAACAGCAGCUACCGGAAAUUAAUUGAUGUUACAUUUGAGGCCUUUCUAAGUGGAUACCACCAGCAUUAUCUGAUAAAUGUGUUAUCCUUUUUCAUGCCUGAAUCUGAAAUGUCUUUUAAUAUGUCGGUAUAUAUCUGUGUCCCAUUUUAUUGCACAGAAGAUUACCUAAUGUGGAUUAAAACCCCCCACACACACAUAUCCAGGCUUUUAUUAAAAUUAACCUGGAGAGAAAACAAUUCAGUACACACACCUCAAGCCAUAUUUUAAAAUGAAAGAGACUGCAGUAUUCAUAAAUAGCAGCAGUCAUUCUUCUAUGAAAUAGUUCAUUUGCUCAGGUCUGGAGAAUGGCAGAAAAAAGUGCUUUGAUAAUUGUACCGUAGGAUAACCUUGAUGAAUUCAGCUAUACACUGAGUUUUGGUAACAGCUGAACAACAUGCCUUGUUUAAAAUUAAACAUUUUUCUUGUGUUUACUUCACUUAUAUACUUAUGGUGUGUAUGUGUGACAUAGCUGUACAUGUUACAUAUUUAGCAUUUUAUAACACACAUGUAGAUAUGCAAUGUUGAGUUACUGAAUCAUUGCUCCACAUUUAAUUUUAUGGUAGGGUCACCAUUGUUGUUACAUCUGUGGGGCAUGUCACAAUUAUUCCUGUUGAAAAGAGUAUAGUAUCUUCAGUUUGUACAGCAUACACAACCGUUUAAUCAGCAGCACACUUUCUAAAAACUUGCCUGAUUGAUUGCUUUAGCUAAAUAUGUUACAUUUUAAUUAACAUAAUUUAACUAAUGUAUGUGGAUGAUAUCGCUAUUUAUACUUGUCUUCUUGACUUCUUUUUGAGAUGUGUAAUGAUCUUCAUUUGAAAUUAGUGGAAAUAGCACUUUCUUUUGCCUUUUAUGUUGUGUGACUGAAUGGUAUUAAUAGUCAAAUCCCACCAACAUUUAGCAUUCUGUGCAGUAAGUGAUGUUAAAUACCAUUUUUAAAGAUGUCUUUUGCAGCAGAAUAUGAUGUGUAGGACUGCUUAGCUGCAGGCCAGGCCCCAACUGGAUUGUUGUAUAAAGUCUUCAAUGGUGAUUUUAAGUAAGAGUCUCUUGUUAUGUUGCCCAAAAGUUAUAAAAGUGAAUUUCCUCAAA